CUUUGAAUAAUUUCUAGGGUUUUGGAAGAGACCGCAGUGCAGAGCGGAGCAGCACAAGGAUGGCGAGGAUUAAAGUUCACGAGUUGAGGAACAGGAACAAGACAGAGCUCUUGAACCAGUUGAAAGAGCUUAAGUCCGAGCUCGCUCUCCUCCGCGUAGCCAAGGUCACCGGCGGUGCGCCGAACAAGCUCUCCAAGAUCAAGGUGGUGAGAUUGUCGAUUGCGCAGGUGCUGACAGUGAUUUCGCAGAAACAGAAGGCCGCGCUGAGGGAAGUUUACAAGAAUAAGAAGUUGUUGCCUCUGGAUCUCCGUCCCAAGAAGACCCGUGCUAUUCGCAGACGCCUCACUAAGCACCAAGCAUCUCUGAAGACAGAGCGGGAGAAGAAAAAGGAGAUGUACUUCCCAUUGAGGAAAUAUGCAAUCAAAGUUUAGGGUAGUGAAGGAUUGAUUGCACUUCGAUUAAAAAUGUUUUGUUUUGUCAUUUGUGAGUCGAAUGCCAAUCUUUUAUUAGUUCAACCUCUGGGUUUGUUUUGUUGGAAGACGUAAAUUUCUUACUUUUUGUCCAGAAUUCAUGAUCUUUUGUUCGUUCCCCUUGUUUGCAAUGUUGCUCAAAUGCCACAAACAUCUAAAAAUAAACGGGUAUAGAGUGUGCAAUUACACCCAUUUCAUCUAGGGGUGGCUAUAUGGUUCGGUCCGGUUAAAUUGACUCAAAUUGAUCCGGUCCAGUCCGGUCUUUUUGAAAAUAUAAGAGACCGAAUAUU